GAGAGAAGGAAGGAGGAAAUAAGAUAUGCUCAGAAAAUUAAGUCCUUAUUAGGAAAGAGAGGAAAGGCAGUUGCCGCCCGGGAGUUUCUCUCUUCUUUUAUCUCCGGUCCCCCAUGGCUUCGCAGAACCGCGACCCCGCUGCUGCCAGCGCUGCCGCCGCCUCCCGUAAGGCGACCGAGCCUGGGGCGGGCGCGGCUCGCAGGUCCAUUGGCAAGAGGUUACAGCAGGAGUUGAUGACCCUAAUGAUGUCGGGAGACAAAGGAAUUUCUGCCUUCCCAGAGUCAGACAAUCUCUUCAAAUGGGUUGGAACUAUCCAUGGGGCAGCUGGGACGGUAUAUGAAGACCUAAGGUACAAGCUGUCCUUGGAGUUUCCCAGCGGUUACCCAUAUAAUGCUCCCACUGUGAAAUUUGUCACACCUUGUUACUAUCCUAAUGUGGACACCCAAGGCAAUAUCUGUUUGGAUAUCCUCAAGGACAAGUGGUCAGCUCUGUAUGAUGUCAGGACCAUCCUACUAUCCAUCCAGAGCCUGCUGGGAGAACCCAACAUUGAUAGCCCCUUGAACACACAUGCUGCUGAACUUUGGACAAACCCCACAGCCUUUAAAAAGUACCUGCUGGAAACCUACAUAAAGCAGGUGACUAGCCAAGAGCCCUGACCCUGGCUGUCCAG